CGAGGCGAGGCGAGGCGGGAGCGGAGCAGGCGGCCACGCCCGGAGGAUCGCGGAGGAGGGAGAGGGGGCGAUGGACGACAUCUUCACGCAGUGCCGCGAAGGCAACGCGGUGGCCGUGCGCCUCUGGCUGGACAACACCGAGAACGACCUCAACCAGGGGGACGACCAUGGCUUCAGCCCCCUGCACUGGGCCUGCCGGGAAGGGCGCUCCAGUGUGGUGGACAUGCUGGUUAUGCGAGGAGCACGCAUCAACGUCAUGAACCGGGGAGACGACACUCCGUUACACCUGGCUGCCAGCCACGGGCACCGGGACAUUGUCCAGAAGCUGAUCCAGUUCAAGGCAGAUAUCAAUGCCGCCAACGAGCAUGGCAACACCCCUCUCCAUUAUGCCUGCUUCUGGGCUCAAGAGCAGGUGGCUGAGGACCUGGUCACCAGCGGGGCACUGGUCAGCAUCUGCAACAAAUAUGGAGAGACCCCCCUGGACAAGGCCAAGGAGCCUCUGCGGGACACGCUGAGAGAGCGUGCAGAAAAAUCAGGCCAAAGCCUGACCCGCGUCCCCUACAAAGACACUUUUUGGAAAGGCACCACGCGGACUCGGCCACGCAACGGGACUCUAAACAAGCUGGCUGGGAUUGACUUCCGGCAGCUGAGCCUGGGCCACAAGCUCAACGAGAACCAGUCUGGAGAGCUGUGGAAGGGGCGCUGGCAAGGGAACGACAUUGUCAUCAAGGUCCUCAAGAUUCGGGACUGGACCACCCGGAAGAGCCGAGAUUUCAAUGAGGAGUACCCCAAGCUCAGGAUCUUCUCCCACCCCAAUGUGCUGCCAGUCCUGGGUGCCUGCCAGUCGCCACCUGCGCCACACCCCAUCAUCAUCACCCACUGGAUGCCCUACGGCUCUCUUUACAAUGUGCUGCAUGAAGGCACUAACUUCGUGGUGGACCAAACCCAGGCAGUGAAAUUCGCCCUGGACGUGUCCCGGGGAAUGGCUUUCCUGCACACUCUGGAGCCGCUCCUCCCGCGCCACUAUCUCAACAGCCGUGGCAUCAUGAUAGAUGAGGACAUGACGGCCAGGAUCGGCAUGGCAGAUGUGAAGUUUUCCUUCCAGUGCCCGGGCAGGAUGUAUGCCCCAGCCUGGGUGGCCCCAGAAGCUCUGCAGAAGAAGGCGGAGGAGAUUAACCGGCGCUCAGCAGACAUGUGGAGCUUUGCGGUGCUUCUGUGGGAGCUGGUGACCCGGGAAGUGCCAUUUGCUGAUCUCUCCAACAUGGAGAUCGGCAUGAAGGUUGCCCUGGAGGGGCUGCGGCCCACCAUUCCCCCUGGCAUCUCCCCUCAUAUUUGCAAGCUGAUGAAGAUCUGCAUGAACGAGGACCCCGCCAAGCGCCCCAAAUUUGACAUGAUUGUCCCUAUUCUUGAGAAGAUGCAGGAGAAAUAAGGGGCUUGUCUGGCAACUGCCAGCUGGCCCCAAGUGCCUUUUGGCCAGAAGCCACGACCCUGCGUGCGGUACGGACGGACCUGCCCCUCUGCAGGUGGCCUUGCACUUUCCUUCCCGCCUCCACACGCCGCAUCUAACAGCUGCCUCCCGUGCCAGGACCUCCCUGCGCUCCCCCUGGCUGCACCACACAGUUUUUAUCUUUUCUACACAGGCCCGGGCCAAAGCCCCCCGUGGCCCAAAUAAACAGCUGUCACCGAA